AUGUGUCAAACCGCUCGGCGUCCGAGGGCCUACAUCUACAAGCUCGAACAACACGGUCUUGUGACUGCCCAGAGUACUACUAGUGCCUCGCGCGCUGAAAAACAAGCUAUUGUACGCUGCCUCAUGCAACAAGAUUGCUGCACUCCAUAUGGCCUUCUGUCAGUCCUCUAUAUGAAGAAGCUCAUGAGUGCCUGGCUCAUCAGACUGGGAGGCCCUGUUGAUAGUUGUGCAACAGCGCUGCCCAUGUCAACUGACGGGAAGAUAGAGCUAAAGUCAACGGCAGAACGUAUCGCAGACAUCUACUUUGAUAGAAGCCUGGAGUCUCGUGAGCAGAAGUGCGCCAGCUGCUUGGGGGCACGUCUCCAACAGCCGCGUCUGCUCGUUGCCACCACGUUCAGCCACAAGGUGGAGGCUCGCGGGAAGGUGCAUGGCCCAUGCGCUCUGUGGAUACUGAUUCUGCGAGGAUCGCCCGAGCGCAGGCUCCUCGUUCUCGAUGCACUGCCCCAUACAUCUCCGGACCGCAACGGAGCAGACAUUCUACCAGACUGUGAUCACGGACCGCCUUCCAGAGCAUUGUGUGACGGCAUGGACUGUAACGGCGGCGAAGAGUCUGCAUUUCGUGCUAAACUUUACAACCUCGGUAAGGUCGCAUCAUGUCGACUUCGAUGCAUGUCGGGCGCGAUUGCGAGACGCUCCGUUGUGCGCGGAUCUCAGAGGGCCUACCGCAACAAAGGCCGUGAUAGUUGGUCAAUUUCACGGCGCAGCCGCGCCUGUGCUUUAGGCAUUGUGCCCGACGAUGUUAGAGUAGCCGCCCGCGGUCGGUGUGACGCGCCUGACCUCACGCUAGCAACUUGUCCGUGA